GUGUGUGUUAGUGAACAGAGGAUGCGGAGUGCAGUGCAGGUGUGUGGCCUGUGUUUGGGCUUUUUGGGUAGUGUGUGCGCGGUUGUAUCGCUGCAGGUUCGAGCCUGGAAAAACUCGAGUGAUGACGGUGACGUGAUCAUCACCUCAAAGAUCUACGAGAAUCUCUGGACGUCCUGCGCUGAGGAUUCAACCGGAACCUUCAACUGCUGGUUCUACCCAUCAGUACUGGCUCUACCAGCUUAUAUCCAGGCGUGUCGGGCCCUCAUGAUCACCUCUGUUGUGUUGGGGGCGCUCGGUGUCUCAGCCACACUGGUCGGGAUGCAGUGUUCCAAAGUCGGAGGAGAGAACUACAGACUGAAGGGGCGCAUCACUGCUCUCGGGGGAGUCGCCUUCAUCCUGCAGGGACUGUGCACCAUGACGGCGGUAUCGUGGUACGCCUCUAUCGUCGUACAGACGUUCUUCGACCCGCUCCACCCCGGCACCAGGUUUGAGAUAGGUGAGGGUUUGUAUAUCGGUUGGUGUUCAGCAGCGCUCGUUCUGAUUGGUGGAACCUCAUUACUGUGCACGAGUGGAAACGCUGACGAUGAGAAGUGGUGA